CCGCCCAAACAAAAGAGUUGUGUAUGAGAGAAUCUAUUAAAUUUGUGUAUUUUGAAAAAAAGAAUUUAGCUUCUAAAUAAAUAUCUAUCUAUCGCUCUAUUUUGUUGCCAAUUUGGUGUGUUGUUCCGUUGCAAUUGAACGAUGUCUGCACCCACUUCUCAGAUCCUUUCCGUUUCUCCACAUCUGCCUUCUUUUUAUCACAACGGUGAAUGAAGCUAAAGAAUAUUGACGGAAGGGGCAUAAGGCGCUCCCAAGACCUAUUUAUCUCAAUUUUCACAGUCGUUAUAAAAGGGUUUUAUCCUAGAAAUGUUGUCAGAUAUUUGUAGGAUCUAAGUGCUUCAGCCUUUAAGUUCUGUGUCUUUGGUGCUAAAAUUUUACAAAGAUGGACAGGUUCGACACGUCAGGCUUUGUCAGUGGUGGAGUUAAUUUGAUUGGAUCAUUAUUUUUCUCGUUAUUACAUAUUGGCUUCUCUAUCCUAUGCUGAAAACUAGCUUUUCAGUUUAGCCUCCUUUUCCUUAGCUUGUUAAUUAGCAGUUUCCGUAAAUGGAUUUUAUUGAUAGACAUAUGCAGAAUUCUCGCAAUAGCAAAUCUGCAAGAAGUGAUAACAUUGGUGACACAACCUUACGCUUGAACUGCCUCAGCUAUGGAGGAAGUAAAAUGGCUGGAUUUGGAAGUAUUCAAGAUAAUCUUAAUGUUGAUAUUGCCAGUGGUGACGAUAGCUGUAAGUUGGUUCUUGGUUUAGGUCCAACACCAACUACAUAUUGUGAUGAUUAUUACAACACCGGGUGUGACAAGACUAAAGUUUUGACUUCUUCUGCUGGACUGCCUCAGGGCUUAUCAUCUGAUGAUGAUUCUGUCCUAAAACUUGGCCUUUCAGGAGGGACCAAGGAAGCUUUGGGUGUGGCGGAAUGUUCAUAUCUGGAGACUGAUAUUAGCACACCUAUUCCGAAUCUAGUUUCUUGUGAUGACAAUAGAUGCUUGAUUCCUGUUGUUGACGAGGGCUCCACUUCAGCGAAGAAAUCUGGUGGCUACAUGCCAUCUCUCCUCUUAGCUCCAAGAGUGGAUGGUGGAAAAAUCUCAUUAGUGGGAGAAGAAUUAUUUCAGUUUAGCACCAAAUCUCAAUGUCAUCAAUUGCACCUGAACCAUGAAACAUCUGCCACCACCACAGAUUUCUCAAUGGGCACUAUGUCUGAGCAGGCCACUUCAGCUACAUCUGCAGACCACAAAACGAACAACCAAAAGAAGUGCAAGUUCUUUGGCUGUUCAAAAGGAGCAAGGGGGGCAUCAGGUCUUUGUAUCGGGCAUGGCGGCGGACAAAGAUGCCAGAAACCUGGUUGUAACAAAGGGGCUGAAAGCCGAACUGCAUAUUGUAAGUCCCAUGGUGGGGGAAGGAGGUGUCAACAAUUAGGUUGCACGAAAAGUGCGGAGGGGAAGACAGAUCUUUGCAUAGCCCAUGGUGGUGGUCGGAGAUGUGGGUUUCCUGGAGUGUGCACAAAGGCUGCUCGAGGCAAGUCAGGGCUUUGCAUUAGGCAUGGUGGUGGGAAGAGAUGUAAGAUUGAUGGCUGCACACGCAGUGCAGAAGGACAUGCUGGGCUGUGCAUUUCGCAUGGGGGUGGACGCCGUUGCCAAUAUGAAGGAUGUGUAAAGGGUGCUCAAGGAAGUACUAUGUUUUGCAAGGCUCAUGGUGGGGGAAAGCGUUGCAUAUUUGCAGGCUGCACAAAAGGAGCUGAAGGAAGCACGCCUUUGUGCAAGGGACAUGGCGGAGGGAAGCGCUGCCUUUAUGAUGGUGGUGGAAUUUGUCCUAAAAGUGUUCAUGGAGGCACUAAUUUCUGUGUUGCACAUGGUGGUGGAAAGAGAUGUGUUGUACCUGACUGCACUAAGAGUGCACGAGGCCGUACUGACUGUUGUGUUAAGCAUGGUGGAGGAAAGCGCUGCCGAUUCUCAAACUGUGGAAAGAGUGCUCAAGGUAGCACCGACUUCUGCAAGGCACACGGUGGAGGCAAGAGAUGCAACUGGGGAGAGGGUAAAUGUGAGAAAUUUGCAAGGGGUAAGAGUGGUCUUUGUGCUGCACAUGCCAGCAUGGUUCGCGGAGGAUCAAAUAACAGCUGUUUAAUUGGGCCCGGACUCUUCCAAGGACUUGUAUCUGCUACCUCAAAUGCUCGAAGCAGUAUCGACAACAAUUAUUCUUCAUCCGGAAUCAGUGCUGUCUCCGACUGCACAGAGUCUUUCGAAAAGCAAGCUAAAAGACAGCAUCUCAUACCACCACAGGUAUUGGUUCCCCCAUCCAUGAAAUCAUCAUCGUCUUUCAUCAACAAUAAGAAGCAAGAGGAAGAUAGAAAUGGGAAUAACGUUCGCAGCAUAACCAGCUGCGACUACAUGGUUCCGGAGGGAAGAGUCCACGGAGGUGGUCUGAUGUCAUUGUUUGGUGGGAAUCUUAAAAAUGCAAUUGAUGGACUUUGAAGCACCUCGCUUCUGUUCGAAUGAUGAAUUUGUGCAUAGAUUGUAGUACGGUACCCCCUCUUCAAUUAGCUGUGUAUAGUCUGUUAGAUAGAGGGAUUGUUGUUGUAUUAUAAUGAAUCUAUUGGGAACUUUAUUUAUUAUUUUUGUUCCUUCUCUUUCA